AUGACGGCCACACUGAAAGCCGCAGUCACCCACGGCCCCAGCUCACCUUUGAGCCUCCCCAUCUGGGCUGCUUUCAAUCAGGACUCAGUGGCCUUUGAGGAUGUAGCUGUGAACUUCACCCUGGAGGAGUGGGCCUUACUGGAUCCUUCACAGAGGAAACUCUACAGAGAUGUGAUGAGAGAAACUUUCAGGAACCUGGCCUCCAUAGGGAAAAGGUGGGAAGAACAUGACAUUGAAAAUUACUACAAAAGCCAGGGGAGAAAAAUAAGAAGUCACAUGGUAGAGAAAGUCUGUGGAAGUAAAGAGGGUAAAUGUGGAGAAAACUUCAGCCUUUCUUCAAAUCUCAAUCUGAACAAGAAAACCACUGGAGUGAAGCCAUGUGAAUGCAGUGUGUGUGGGAAAGUCUUCAUGCAUCAUUCAUCCCUUAGUAGACACAUCAGAUGUCACACUGGACACAAAACAUAUGAAUUUCAAAAAUGUGGAGAGAAGUCAUAUAAGUGCAAAGAGUGUGGGAAAGCCUUCAGUUAUCUGCAGUAUUUUGAAAAACAUGAAGUAAAUCAUAGUGCUGGAGACAAACCCUAUGAGUGUAAACAAUCUGGUAAAGCCAACAGAGACCACAGUUCCUUACAGAGACACAAAAGGAUUCAUACAGGAGAGAAACCCUAUGUAUGUAAGAUAUGUGAUAAAACCUCCCAUGCUUUUAGUCAUGUUCAAGCACAUGAAAUAACCCUCACUGGAGAGAAACUCUAUGAAUGUAAACAAUGUGGUAAAGCCUACAGAGAUCACAGUUCCUUAAAAACCCAUGAAAGAACUCACACUGGAGAGAAACCCUAUGAGUGUAAACAAUGUGGUAAAGCCCACAGAGAUCCCAGUUCCUUAAAAAUACAUGAAAGAAUUCAUACUGGAGAGAAACCCUAUGAAUGUAAACAAUGUGGUAAAGCCUACAGAGAUCACAGUUCCUUAAAAACCCAUGAAAGAACUCAUACUGGAGAGAAACCAUAUGAAUGUAAAAUAUGUAGCAAAGCAUUCACUUAUCCCAGUUCUCUUCAAAAACAUAAAAGAACACAUACUGGAGAAAAACCCUAUGACUGUAAAAUAUGUGGUAAAGCUUUUAGUUCUUCCAGUCAAGUUCAAGUACAUGGAAGAACUCACACUGGAGAAAAACCCUAUGAAUGUAAAAUAUGUGAUAAAGCCUUCAGUUCAUCCAGUUAUGUUCAAAUACAUGAAAGAACUCACACUGGAGAGAAACCCUACAAAUGUAAAAUAUGUAGCAAAGCAUUCACUUACCCCACUUCUCUUCAAAAACAUAAAAGAACACAUACUGGAGAGAAACCCUAUGAAUGUAAACAAUGUAAUAAAUUCUUCAAAUUUUACAGUUCCUUGCACAUACACAAAAAAACUCACACAGGAGAGAAACCCUGUGAAUGUAAGCAAUGUGGUAAAGCUUUCAGAGAUCACAGUUAUCUUCAAAAACAUGAAAGAACACAUACUGGAGAGAAACCCCAUGAGUGUAAACAAUGUGGUAAAGCCUUCAGAGAUCACAGUUAUCUUCAGAAACAUGAAAGAAGACAUAAUAGAGAGGAACCCUAUGAAUGUAAGCAAUGUGGUUAA